CCGGUGUGCGCCGCGCCGGCGUCGGACGUGGUCAUAUUAUUAUUUUCCUUCUUACACAUUAUUAAUAAAUAAACGCUCUAUUAUUUUAUUUAUCAAUCAAAAAGUGACAUUCGAGGACUCGAGUGACAGAGUAUGUGACUGGAUGUACGAUAAGAAUAUUUUGGUGCAAUUGAGUUUUUAGGAAUUAUUUGACAAGUGCGCUGGUGUUUUGUGUUGUAUUUAUUAUGCGAAUGGAUUGCUGCCGCUACAAUACAGUUUGACACGAGAUGACCUGACAGAUCAGCAUAUCAAUGCCGGUGUGGAAAGCAAAUUCGGUCUAAAAAGCGGUACAAUGAGAAUACAAAAUCUAAAACAGAACAGUUCCACUUUGUAUGAUGAAAAAAGUGAACUCUAACAUUAUGAAGACUAUGAAAAAGAAAAUAAAGACAUUCCGAUUAGAGUUAACCUGACAAAAGUGGACCUAAAAACAAGUUAAAACAGUUAUGAUUGGAAUUUUAAGUGGUACUACUGAUGUUAAUAAUAAAACUGACCAAAUUUUCUGUGUGAUUGGACUAGUGGAUGCUAUAAAGCUAGUUUAUAUGAAAAAUGUUGAAAAAACUUCACUCUAAUACAAAAAUGACGAUAAAAAAUAAAAAAGUGAUACUUAGAAUAGAGUUGACUUGAUAAAUGCUGCUGUUAAAGUUGUAAUUGAACCUUUUAGUCAUUUUGGUGAUGUAAAUGUUAAAACUGGUAAAGUUAUUAGUGUAGUGGGACUAGAUGGUGCUAUAGUGAUCGGAGAUUGAAGAAUGCCUGAUCGGGAGUCGGUAGGAGGUCCUGGGACAGCGGGCAGCGGUGGUUUUCUCCCACUACAAUUUCCAUCGGCGUUCGCAGCUUUUCAUGCGACCACUCCUCCUGGAGCGCCAACGGCCAUGCAUCACGCCACGCACUACCACCACCAUGCGCAAUUGGCGGCAGCGGCGGCGGCAGCGGCUGGCGCGACCAGCGAGCUGAGCUACCUGGCGGCGCUCCACCCCGCCUACCGACCCGUGCCCUACGACCAUCCGCUGUACGGCGCUAACACUUUAAGAGGCUUAGAAUAUUUAAGUGCAGCAAGAAGUUUGCAUCCAGAACUACAUGCGGGCAGCACGUUGGCCAGCCAGGAGUUCCAGUUGAGUUUAGAAGGUUCCCGGAUAGCGUCCCAAAAUCGGCUCAGGUUAUCUGGUGGAGCGAUAGGGGCGUCUGCCAACCGUAAGAGGGCGGUAUCCUGGAGUCCGUACUCUGCUGAGUCCUUGGACCUGGCUGCUGUGAUCCGAGCGUCACCUGCCAGUUUAGCUGUUAGAGCGCCGUCUGCGGCGUCUACUGGCAGCUAUGGACAUCUCAGUGCAGGUGCAAUAUCCCCCGCGCUGUCUCUCUCGCACGCGUCGCUGGCGCAGCAGUUGCUCGCCCGCGGCGGCGUGGUGGGUGGCAGCGGCGUCCUCACUGGCGGCGUGCUGUUGGAUCCUGCGCACCAGCAGGCGGCAGCGGCGGCCGCGCACCACGCCGCGCAUGCGCACCUCGUGGCUGGCAUUCAUAGAUCUCAUAUAUCCUCGCCGACGCAGUUGUUGAUAGGUGGUCCGGUGGACGUCAGAAAUGGUCUGGGUCUGGACGGAACACCUCCUCAGCAUAUGCAGCAACCACCACAGCAACCAGAAAUUACCAGUGUAAUGGAAGCUGAUAGUGCAUCAACGGCUAUGAACCAGCGCAAGUCCCCUCAGGUCCUGAUAUCGCACCGGGAGAAUAUGAACAGCAAUAAGCCCUUAUCGGCGGCAGCGGAGAGCACAGUUCACGAUGGCUUAGAUUCUAAGGACGAACCCGGAGAUUUUAUCGAGACUAACUGCCAUUGGGUUGAUUGCAAAUUAGAGUUCCCGACCCAAGACGACUUGGUGAAGCAUAUCAACACAGACCACAUCCACGCCAGUAAGAAAGCCUUCGUAUGCCGUUGGGUCGGAUGCUCCAGAGAUGAAAAGCCUUUCAAAGCCCAGUACAUGCUUGUGGUGCACAUGCGACGGCAUACUGGUGAAAAACCUCAUAAAUGUACCUUUGAAGGUUGCUGCAAAGCGUAUUCACGGCUUGAAAACCUGAAGACCCAUUUACGAAGUCAUACUGGAGAAAAACCUUAUACCUGUGAAUACCCUGGCUGUGCGAAGGCAUUCUCCAACGCCAGUGAUCGCGCUAAGCAUCAGAACAGAACACAUAGUAAUGAGAAACCAUACGUUUGCAAAGCUCCAGGGUGUACCAAAAGAUAUACAGAUCCAUCUUCCCUCCGUAAGCAUGUGAAGACUGUUCAUGGUGCUGAGUUCUACGCCAGUAAGAAACAUAAAGGAUGCAGUCGAGGAGACGAUUCAGCAGAAUCAGGUGGUGGUGGGGCUGGAUCCUCGCCACGUUCAGAAGAAGGCGGUGUUAAUAUGGGAGUCAGAGGUCACACGUCAUCUGCCUCCGUCAAAAGCGAGAGCCCUGCGUCACCUUUACCCCAUGGCCUGCAUACGCCGGCUCAUCAGUUGUCAGCACAAUGUGGCGGAGAGUUGGACUUCGGUGGGUCUGGUCUGGGUGGUUUCAGCGACGAGCAUGGUGCUCCUUACUUCAGAUUAGACGGCGAGGUGGAACAAGAAGUGGUAGGAGAAGUAGGACAGCUGCCGCUCAUGUUACGAGCGAUGGUGGCGAUAGGGGAGCCACGAGCUCACCACCACGCGCCGAGAUUCGGCAACAAGAUGGGGCUGGGGAGACUGAUGCCACCUGUGCAUGGAGCUGAUAUUGGUGGAGGUGGUAUUCAAGGAAGAACGGAUAUUGGUGGCACAAACGUAGCUGUGGAAUUAAAAUCUGGACUUCCCAAUACGAGGCGGGAUUCUGGAAUUUCUUCCGGCAGCAGUUUGUACAGUGCUAGAUCAUCAGACAUCUCCCGUAAGAGUAGCCAAGCGUCCGUGGUGUCCGGCGCGGUGGCCACCACUACAGGCAUGGCUGGACAACGGCUGGUCUCACAGCACACACAGAUAUACGAUCAGCUUUCUCCUGACAGCAGUCGAAGAUCUAGUCAAGUGUCAUGCGUUGGGUACGCGCCGCCACCAUCAUCCGCUUUGGCCGCUGUCCAAGCUGUCAGGACCUCACAGGGCAAUCAGGCUGUACUGCUCCGCGGUGUGACAUGUUCGGAAGUCAGAGCCGAGGAGUUGGCUUUAGAACUGGAUCCUAAUGUGCAAGUCAAGGAAGAAGCGAGGAGGCUGUCAGAGCAGUCCAACCUCAGCGACCAAGCUCAGGGCUACCAGCCUUACCCUUGCACUAAUGAUGAUGUGGGUGAUACUCCUUUCCCGUUCAAGACUGAGGAUGACCAUGAAAUUACAUAUAAGGAAUCUCGAUCCAAUUCCACUAAUACUGUAGUCAUCACCACAGCGCAGGUUCAUCACCCCAAUCAAGAAGUCAAUCUUGAACAGGUCGCUGAAGGAGAGAUGGUGGAGAACAAGCUGGUGAUACCAGACGAAAUGAUGCAAUAUCUUAACCAAUCAAUAUUGGGAACCGACUCGGUAACACCGGCCAAAACGGACUCCACCAAUCCCGACCCAGAAGCUAGCAAAGAAAAAGAUACAACAACCAAAGACAUUUUAUCCAGUGAAAUACAAAACACGAACAAUUCCAGUGACAAAAUCAGUGAUGUCGCGACGAGUGACGAUUCUCUUCUCAAAAAUCUAGGUGCCAUAGGAAGUGAUCUCAACAUAAGUGAUAUUCAAGUUGAUUUAAGGUCAUUAGAUGUUAGUAUGUCCGGCAAUAGUGGCUCUCUAUUAGCCUCCAAGUCUUUAGAUGAUAAGAACCCUCCGCUUCAAGAACAGGUCAUUCCUGAAGUCACUUCAGAAAAAUGUGAACAAGAAUUCUCACAGCCUCCAACAAGUAAUGUAGCUACGAAAAAUCCUUUGCAAUCUUUACAAAACAUGACGGCAAACCAAACCGAGCAGUCUACAAGAAUGAGAGUCAAUAACUCCCUACCUCAAAAGUCUGCUAUGAGUCCGAAAACCAUUGUCAUGACUCAGACGAUCAUGAGUCCUAAUUUAGCACAUAGCAUGCUAAGCCCCCAGAGUCUACCUCACAGUUCAAUGAGUCCACAGAGUAUGAGGAGUCCACAACAUAUGCCUCAAGGCAUCAUGAGUCCUCCAAGCAUAUACAAUGUCAUGAGUCCACAAAGCGUCAUGAGCGUCAUGUCUCCACAACAUAAUGCAAUGAGCCCCCAAAGCAUGCAAAGUCUAUUGAGUCCUCAGAUGCCAAAUCAAAAUAUGAUGAUGAGCCCUCGACAUAACAAUAUAGGAAGCCCCCAUUCACAAAAUAUCGCUAGUCCUAUGAUGAAUAUGGCUAGUCCGAUGGCUCAAAAUAUAGCAAGUCCGAUGAGUCAUGGCAUGACUAGUCCGAUGCAUCCAGGUCUUCAAAGUCCUAUAACAAGUCCCAUGGUGCAAAACAUGUCUAAUAUGACAAUGAACGUCCAACCAGUUCAAAACCAAAAUCCUAACAUGAUGGUCAAUAUGAAUCAGUCUCAGCAAAUGACAGCGACUCCUCCAUACAACAAUCGUCAGAAUUGUCCCACAAAGCAUCCUAACAAAAACUUUAACAAUGUUCCUAAUCAAUACCAAAACCAGAACUACAGUCAAGCACCACCUUAUCCUAUGCAAAAUCAACAAGUAAUCAGAAACCAAAAUAUUCAGCAAUACCAGAUGAUGCAACAUUACAAUCAGAAUCAAUCUCAGAUUCCGAUGAUGCCAUCCAAUCAUCAGAACAUGGUUUAUAAUAACCAGAUGACCAAUUAUGUUCAGCCGAUGAAUUAUCCAAACCAAAAUGCUCAGAUGCAUCCAAUGCAGUUGUCGAGAUCUUCUGUCAUGAGUGUCGAUAAUAGCGGAAACAUGAGCCGUGGUGUCAUGAACAGUUAUUGUGAACAGCAGAAUGUAUGCCCCCCUAUGCAAAACGUACAGUACAACCAAAACAUGCAAUAUCCUCAACCUCCUCCUUAUAAUUCGGUUACAAAUGCAGCUAACAUAAUGGGCCCACCACCACCAAAGAAUAACCAUCAAUACAAUCAAGGCAUGAUGAACAAUAACCAAUAUUACAACCAUCAAAGAUCUUACAACCAGUGGGACUAUCCAGGCAAUCAGUUCAACAAGCACAACAUGCAAAAAUCCGUGCAGAAUUCAGUCAACAUGUCGACUGGAAGUCAAAAACCGAUCAACGGUGCGAGAAUGUCAAUGAAUUGCAAUCAAGUAGCUAAAAAUCCUGGGGAACAACAAGCUGAUUGCAGUAUGAAUAGUUUGCGAAGCCAAAAUAACCAAGCUGAUGUUCAAGUUUGGGAUAUUUCUCAGUCCCAAAUAGAAGCUUCAAAUGGGAGGAAGAAAAACCAGAACACUAUGCGUCAGGAGACGUAUCAGAGAACUCUGGAAUACGUGGAGAAUUGCGAAAAUUGGAAGAGCUCCGAAAUGGUUUCAAGCAGUACACAUCCUCUGCAGGGCGGCGACAACAUGGUUGUGAACGAUCUCCAAACUUCUUUGUCUUCGUUUUAUGAAGAGAAUCAAUAUUUGCAGAUGAUCCAAUAGCAUUUUAAUUAGCAGUUUUUCAAGCUUCUUACUUUCCUAGAUGAGUUAUGUCGAAUACUAUGAUAUCUUAUUGGGUAGUUGGGUACCUACUGACGAUCCAUUGUGAACACUCGUCCUCACGCAUCCUCGCUAAGUCCGUUCUGUUUAAAAAAUUUGUGCCAAUUAUUAUUAUAAAGAGUUUGCUCAUGAAGAAUAUUAUAAUCCAUAUUAAUAAUAUUAGGCCGCAUUGUUUACAUUUUUAAUAACAUCUGAAAAGAAACAGGUUGUGUACUAUUUUACUCUGCUCCAAGAGACUGAUUAAUUUUAAAUUCUAAAUUUUAUUGUGUUAGAGUAAUCAUAAAGUCAACGAAAAGACAUUUACGGACACAUUUUAGAAAACUUUUGUAUACCUAAUAUUAUAAUGUAAACAAACUUUUCCUGAAUGUCUUCCAAGAUUUUUUAAGUACAAUGAAAGAAUAUUGCAUUUGCAUAUUUUGCAUUUCUAAGUGAUUUAAGUGCCUCAGUACUAUGUAAAGUUGUACAUAAUAUAUUCAUGGAUUUAUAAUGUGCCUUUGUGUAGAUUUAAAUGAAAGAAGCUUUCUCUGGUGCCUUUAAGUUUUUUAUUAUUAGGUAUUUAAUAUAAGACUAUUAUUGUUAACAUUAAAUAUUAUGUAUUUGAUAUUUUUAUAAAUAUGUAAUAAUAUGAUUAAGUUAGUUCCCACUGAGAUUAUUAAAUAGGUAAGUAAUUGUACAAAUUAGACAUGUUUUUUAGAAUUUUUACAAAAAUGUUAAUAUUAAGUCCGGGAAGUACUAUUUUAUAGCUAUACUUAAUUACAAAGCAUCGUUUCGGUGACAUCGAAUCUCCUAUUUUAGUGUUUAUCUAUUCUGAGAUUACUAGAUUUAGAUAAUUGUUAAUGUUUUUAUUAUUAUUUAAA